UCUCUCUCUCUCUCUCUCUCUCUUUCACAUUCACUGUGUCCCAGACAUACACAAACACACACUCUCUCUCUCUCCUUCUCUCUCUCACUUGCUUUGCCUAGCAUACAGGCGCACUUGCUUUCACUCUCCCUCACACACACACAAACGUUGGCACCCUCAGUGAUGCGCUCUCUCCGUUCAUGCCAAACCGGUAGGGAGACUCUUUAACACACAGUCCCUCUCUCUCUCACACACACACACAUUUUCUCUCUCUCUCUCUCUCUCUUUUUUUUCUCUCAUUUAAUUCCUUCACCUCCCUUGGCACCUCUGUUUUACGCUCGGGAGGAGUGAAAAAGAGACAUGCGCUGGAAAGAAAGGGGAAAGGAGGAGUGAGCCGGAUGAACAGGGGCUGAAGCGGGAGGAGGGAGAGAUAGAGCGAGUGAGCGAGCGAGCGAGCGAAAGAACGAGUGCAAGAGCGAGACUGAGAGCAAGCGGCUUGACUCGGGUGUCCAGCAGAAGCGUGUGGAUUAAACUGGCUCUAAGUCCGACACCGCGACUGGCUCAAGAGGAUCCAAUCAAGGUGAUGCUCUCGACCACACAACGAGGAGGCACUGGCUGAGAGGGGAGUGAUCAUCGCGUGACCCAGUCCUCCUGGAGAGGGUCUCCAAACCCCCAGACCUCCUUCCCCUCCUCUCCCCAUCUCUCCUUUUCCUCUCUCCCACUCCCACUCCCCCCCCCCACCAGCCAUCGGCCACCGACCUCCUACUGCGUCCAGCCUCCUGGUCUCAUCUCUGGGUAUUGUGCUCUAUUGCUGCAUUUUCUUUUCUUUUUCUUCUUUUUCUUCUUUUUUUUCUUUCUGUGGACUUCAAGUCGGGAGACUUUGACCUCAGCGUUCGCCAAUGCUUACAAGGAACUGCCUGUUGCUGUUCCUUUGGCUUUUCUGCGAGCAGGGCUCCCCGUCCCCCAUCCACUCACCCCCCCAGCCCCAGAGCAGGCUGGGUAAGGAGCGGCCGCGCCACCUGGUCGGACAGUUGGGGGGGCAUCAUGGGGGGGCCACGUUCCAGAGGGUCAAGAGGGGCUGGGUGUGGAACCAGUUCUUCGUGCUGGAGGAGUACAUGGGCUCGGAGCCGCAGUAUGUGGGGAAGCUGCACACCGACAUGGAUAAAGGGACCAGUGCGGUGAAGUACACUCUCUCGGGGGAGGGCGCCGGGUCCAUCUUCACCAUCGAUCAGACGACGGGCGACAUCCAUGCCCUGCGGAGCCUGGACCGUGAGGAGCAGCCCUACUACACGCUCCGCGCCCAGGCCGUGGACAUGGACACGGGCCGAGCCCUCGAACCCGAGUCGGAGUUCGUCAUCAAGGUCCAGGACAUCAACGACAAUGAGCCCAAGUUCUUGGAGGGGCCCUACACAGGGAAUGUCCCAGAGAUGUCCCCAGUUGGUACAUACGUCAUGAGAGUGACAGCGACGGACGCCGAUGACCCUACCUAUGGGAACAGCGCUCGUGUGGUCUACAGCAUUCUCCAUGGGCAGCCCUACUUCUCAGUGGACCCCAAGACAGGUGAGAUCCGCACGGCUCUGCCUAACAUGGACCGCGAGGUGCGGGAGGUCUACCAUGUGCUCAUCCAGGCCAAAGACAUGGGGGGACAGCUGGGGGGUCUGGCCGGUACCACCACCGUCAACAUCACACUCAGCGACGUCAACGACAACCCACCCCGCUUUUCCAAAAGUAUAUUCCACCUGAAAGUGGCAGAGUCUUCCGCGGUGGGCUCUGCGGUGGGGCGCAUCAAGGCUCAUGAUUUGGACACCGGGAAGAACGCCGAGGUGGAGUACAACAUCGUCCCCGGAGACGGCGGAGCCUUGUUCGACAUCACCACUAAUGAGCACAACCAGGAGGGCAUCAUCCUGCUCAGGCGGCCAUUGGACUAUGAAACGAAGAAAGCAUACACCUUCAAAGUGGAGGCCUCCAAUGCUCAUGUGGACCCCCGCUUCCAGAACCUGGGCCCGUUUAAAGACAUGGCAACGGUGAAGGUGAGCGUUCUGGACGUGGACGAGCCGCCCGUCUUCAGCGAGAGCUCCUACGUGAUGGACGUGGACGAGGACACACCUGUGGGCCUCAUCAUCGGCUCCGUAACCGCUCAGGACCUGGACGCAGGCAGCAGCCCUAUUAGGUACUCCAUAGACUGGAAAAGUGACCUGGACAGCUAUUUUGACAUUGACCCCGUGGAGGGCACCAUAUCGACCAACGAGCUCCUGGACAGAGAGUCCAUCGCCCAGCACAACAUCUCCAUAGUGGCCACGAAAGUUAAUAACCCAGUGCUCACCAGCAGGGUAGCCGUGACAGUUCACGUUAACGAUGUCAACGAGUUCCCCCCUGAGUUUGCAAUGCCCUACGAGACGUUUGUGUGUGAAAAUGCAAAAGAAGGACAGGUGAUCCAGCUGGUCAGUGCCAAGGACCGCGACUUGCCACCAGCGGGACAGAAGUUCACCUACAAGGCAGCACAGGACGAGAACGAGAUCAGGAACUUCACCGUGCGCGACUUUGGGAACAACACGGCCGGGAUCGUCACGAUGCACGGAGGGUUUCGCCGGCGGGCUCAGGAGUUCUACGAGGUUCCGGUGGUGAUCUCGGACAGCGGCUACCGGGCUAUGAGCAGCACGGGCACGCUGGCGGUGCGUGUGUGUGUGUGCGACUCGGACGGCUCGCUGCUCACCUGCAAUGCUGAGGCGCUAUUCCUGCCCGUGGGCCUGAGCACCGGAGCCCUUAUCGCCAUCUUACUGUGCAUCAUCAUACUACUGGUAAUGGUGGUGCUGUAUGUCGGGGUGCGUCGGCAGAAGGAGAAGGAGACGCUGAUGACGUCCAAAGAGGACGUGCGGGACAACGUCAUCCACUACGACGACGAGGGCGGUGGCGAGGAGGACACGCACGCCUUUGACAUGGGCACGUUGCGCAACCCCGUCAAGGCCGUCGACAACAACAACGGCAACCAGCUCCGCCGCGACAUCCGGCCCGAGCCCAGCCUGGUCCCCAUCAUCCGUCCGCCCGUCACCCCGCUGUCGUCCCAUGACACGGACGACAUCCGCGGCUUCCUCCAGCAGCGGCUGCAGCAGCAUGACGCAGACGUCUCUGCGCCGCCGUAUGACUCGCUGGCCACCUACGCCUACGAGGGCGAGGGCUCGGUGGCCGAGUCGCUCAGCUCCAUCCAGUCGCUGACCAGGGACGGUGGCGCGGGUGGAGGCGGAGGCGAGGCCGACGAGGACUACGACUACCUCAGCGAAUGGGGGCCGCGCUUCCGCACACUCGCCGGGAUCUUCAGCGAGCGCUCGGAGAGCCAGCACGACCUUACGUCAGCGGCCACCUCCACGGCCACAUCUUCGUCUGCCACCGGGGCGGCGACAAAGGAGAACAAACAACACUGAUGUCAACAGACGGACGGCAGAGAAGAGAUCAAGAACACAACACCCUGAUAAACACAAACUAUAGAGCGAAACAAUGGUGUGGAACCCGUCGAGAACCCGUCGAGGUCAACACCAGACUGCGUUGGAGAAAGUACUCAGACAAACUUGUCACAGUGGAUAGCUGAGUUCUUGUUCCUCCUCUGUUUCCUCCAGACCUUUUAUUUUUUUUCUUUCAUACAGCUAUCGUUUUUUGCUAUUUCGAGGGGGUCUUGACUGAAUCCUCAGAUUUUAUUUGUGCUGAUUUUUUCACCUGUCGACCCCCCCCCCCCCCCGCCCCCCGCCCCCUUCUCCCUGUUCUCCUUCUCGCUGCCUUGCGGUGAUGGUGGCAGUGUUAAAAUGAAGGGAGAGGACAGAGAGAGAAAUUAGGAAAAAAAUGUAGUUGGUGAUCUCAGAGUGAAUGUGCCGUUUCCAGUUUUAGGUAUUCAACUUUGGUUCUCUUGUCACUGUUUGAGGAAGGAGACACCCUACCACAGGAAAUGCAAUGCGGUUUUUUUUCUCUCCAACAUCCUUAAAAAAGUGCCUCAAUGGAGUUAGUAAGCUUUUUUAUUAUUAUUUUCAUGGUAUUCAUGAUAGCUGUUUGGGUUUUGUCACUUCCAGAACCCUACAGGAUGGUAGACCACAGAGAUGUAGCUGCACAUUACCGUUAGCAAGCUAACGCUGUAGCGCGUUGGCAGAUUAGGGAACACGCUGACACACACAAGGGUUCAGGGAAAGGAAAAAAAAAAAUGAUGUGUGGCCCACGAUUGGCCAAAGAUAUUUUUGAAUGGUAUUUAUGAUUCUAUUUAUUUAUUGGUUCAACUGAUUGGUUGAGUUUAAACAUUUGUUUGUUUGUUGAUUGAUUCGUUUGCAUAUUUAUCUAUUUAUCUCAAUUCCAGAUCAGAUGUGUAUUUCUUAUUUUUUUGAAGACACUUGAGGAUUUUGUAAUUAUUUGAGUGCCCCGUGCAGAUAGGGCAUCUGUAUAGACUUGUACUUGUUGUAAAAAAUCGAUUUAGGGCUAAACAAAAUACUAUGUUUGAGUCAUGUAAUAAAUACACUGUUUUUCUUUUGGUAAAAUAAACACCACAAAAUGGCUAUUA